UCUGUACUCCCACUCUAAACCGGGAGGGUGGAGAACACAUACACCAUGACCCGGGAUAACUCCCAUUAUCCUUUCCAAGAUAUCCAACAUCCACACGCACACGAUGUCUUGUGCGGACGUGGUGGCGGGACGAACAAUCACGUGGGGAACCUGCAUUGGCGCAUGCUGGUGGCGGCGAACAAGGAACUCUACGUUUCUCUCCCCAAGCGGCAAAAAAUGCUAUUGAGCAAGUCCGUCGUCAACGCCGUGCGCAAUCAAGAUCCUCCCGGGCGCUUUUUACAGAAGGAUGCGAACACAAAUCUAUGGUCCGAUAUUGGAGACCAAAAGGCUAGCGAAAAGACCAGUCAGGCACUGCGGGAAGGCGCCCCGCAGAUAAAGGGUAAAACACAAUCCGAAGAAGAGGACAGCAGUACCACAAGCGCACAGUCAAAGGCCGCAGCCAGCAAGCCUCCUACUUCGAUGCCAGAAAAGACUGGUGCGUCCGAGUCGACGGACACCGAGUCGAGCGUUUUCUCGUAUUCAACACAAACUUUCGUGCCACCCAGGCAUUGCUUCCCUGAACCACUCCAGACUACUUACCCCACAGCUUUAUCAGUACCAAUCCCCUCUGGCUUGGACUCGAGACGCGGAACGUAUUUUCCGCCGCAUUCUGGACCAAAUGAACACGUGGCGGCGGAACCCGCUACGGGCGCAAUUAACCGAGUCACGCUGCCCCAGACGACUUUGCCUGGUUACGCAGCCGAACCACCGCCCCAACUUCAAACCGAUGGCGGGUUCAGUUUUGGCUCCAUUGUCUUGUCCGAUGCGGAACAAGAGCGAUUGGAGCAACCCACGCACGGAAACCGGGUGGAAUACGGCGACGGUACCGAUUCUCGAUACGGCCAAAAACCCGGACGGGAACUCAAUAGUAUCGAACCCGUUGACGGCGGUCUUCAACCGGCCGGGCUUUCUAGUGGUUCCGCCAUGAGCAUUGGGACUCAAACUAUUUUGGAGGAAAUGGCCGGAGUCCUGGACGGUGAACUGCAGCCGGCAGGUCUUUCCUUUGGGACGAUGAUGAGUAUUGGAACGGCGCCAAGACUAGAAACGAUGGGGAUGUCAUUUGGGUCCGUCAAUGGUUACGCUAGGGGAAUACCCGCUACCGUUGAUGGGGGGCUGGAAGCUAUUGGAAUGAGUUUCGGCUCGCUUUCACUCGGACCAACCGAACGAAAACAAUUAGAAGACGUCCUGAGGGACGAUUCCGGACCAGCGUUUCCGGCACCAGCCCAGGUCACCGGUAACAUUAUUCCGCCGUUGCUUCAACAGCGUAAAUCGAAAUCAUCGCUGCUAGACUGUAGCGAUACAGAGUCUGAAGAUGAAGAAGAUUCCGCCAAGAUCUCCGCGCAAAAAAGUGCGGAUUGGGCGCGGAUGAAGGCUACCUUUGAGGUACACCAAUCGCAUUACUCUGGCAACACAUCCCGCGUUCCAGUUUCUACGUUUCCAUUAUCUCCACAAGAUCCCACACCGUCGACGCUCCGCUUCCCAACCACAAACCUGGCCCGAGAUUUCUCGCAAAUGUCGGCCAUGAGCGAUGGCGGGGAAUUUUCUAGCGCUGGGUUGACUGCGACGGCAAACACUCAAAGGUUCAAUCCUGCUGGGGACUACCCUGAUAUGCCGCCGCCGCUUCCUCCUCCCCCUCCUCCUUCCAAGGGGCAAAAUUCCGAUAGUGACGAUUGGCAGCAAUACGAGAGGACUCUCUUGAACCGAGGUGCAUCUUUGGCAGCCGAAGAGUUCAACGUCCCGUAUCAACCUGAAUAGAAAGAGUUUCCAGCCACC